GAUGGAUUUGAGUUCCAUGCUGUGGGCACUGAACAAGUUGAAAGCGCCACGAGAAUUCUUGAAAGUGGUAGUACUCGUAUACUUCACUUCGAACCUUUUCAAUCUUGAAGAGGACUUUCGGUGGCUGGAAUAUUUUGCUGGCCAAGCCUCCUGCACAUUUGAGAUGAGGCAGGCUGGUUUCCGGUCAGCUCGAUUUGAUAAGCUCUAUUGUCAAGAUCCUGGUGCACAUGGUCGAAAAACCAACUGGAUGGAUCUUACAACACCGGCAGGAUUUGCUCUCGCAGUGGUGUUCGUGAUGAAGGGCAUGGAGCUCGAUCUAUUGAGCUGGUUUGGAAUCAAGUGUUCUUCCCUGGUGGCAGUAAAUUCGGGGACAAGCAAGAGAUCAGCUUGCAACAGUAUUGGCUUGUCAUGUCCAUCGGUUGAUGAAUCCAAUACUCUACUAGAGAGGACCAUAUGCCUUUGCAUGCUGGUGACGGCGAAGCAAGGCAGCUUGGCAAGAUGAUGAGGGCCUGUUCAAGCAGGCUCGACUGUCAGAGGUGGUUGCCUAUUUGAGGCUGGGGUCAAGUUUGAACCUGCCAAAGCACUGGCGG